AUGGCUAUAGCAUGCCCCGUCGGAUCAUACGAUGCCACAGUCGAUUACUUUGAAGGCAACAAGAUAAAUUCGAUCAUCUACGCCCAGCAUCUUCAGAUAUCUUAUCACAAUUCAUACAAGAGAAUACAGGACUUGUCGUCCGGAAACAAUUACGUUCUAUAUCUAUGCAACACCCCGGCCCCCGUCAUCACCGAUUAUGCAUACACCCUCAUUCAAAUCCCAGUCGAAGUCGUAGCAGUCAUGGACGAACCCUCCAUAUCAUUCAUUGAGCGUCUCGGUCAGGCCUCACUUAUCAAAUACGUGUACAACUCUGCGUCACUCGUCUCCCCAUGUUUGCUGCAACAGGUCGCUGCUGGAGCGAUACUGCCACUGACAUUAAACACGGGCUACACUGAAGCCGUAAAUGUAAUAUUCGGUAAUCCAGACUCGGCAGCAAUCAGUGGACCAUUCGUGUCGCUUGGAUAUAUGUCCGAAAUUCAUCCAAUGGAUCGGUUUGAGUGGAUUAAAGCCUAUGCCAUGUUCUUCCUCAUUGACGAACAGGCUGAACUCCUGUUCAACGCAGUGCAACAGGAAUAUGAUUGUAACAAGAUAAAUCGUGAGCCACAGAUCACUGACUAUCCCGCACGUGUCGCAUGGAUGAGGUAUCAGAGUGGAUAUUGGAAUACACCAGAUUUUCUGUAUAAGGAGGCUCUGAUACAACAUGCAGGAGGACUGUUAGCACUGCCAGCAACAGGAGACGCAAAUGUAGGGUGGACUACUGCCGCUGAUCUAGAUCGAGACCUACAAUACGCAGAUUUCGUUAUCGACAACACAUAUGUCGGUGGAAAUGCUGGAAAUGGAACUCUUGCUACGGAGCCGGUAUAUACAUACUCCAACUUUCUAAAUAACUAUCAAGUGAAUUCCUCGUCGGGAUUCCGUUUCCAAACGAAUUCAUCGGUUUAUCGGACGGAUCUCAUAAGGACGGCUGGUGGAUACAAUGAUUGGUCUGUAUCCAUACACGCCUAUCCCGAUGUAAUGCUGCAGGAUUUAAUCCACAUGAUGGUGCCAUCUUAUGAACCCGACUGGCAGUUUGUGUGGAUGCGCAAACUCAUCACAGACGCCUACCAAUACGUAAACCCCGCUGACUGCUACGACAUUAACGCGUCACCAACAAGGCAAACAGCUGUUUGUCCAAUCCCAGCCCCAGCAAUAUAUCCCAUCGGCGUGAGACUCGCCGACACUACUCCCACACCAGCCGCCGCGACCCCAGAUCCCCCUACCUCUGCCGGAACCAGUAAUAGCAACGCAGCCACAACACCACUUGGCCUAAACACAACAGCAGCAGUAUUCAUAGUCUUGGGCAUAGCAGCCGUUAUCGCCCUCGCACUCUUCCUAGUACGACGCAUCCACCGACUACAAAAGAAGAAACAAUUCCUUGCUGCACACGGUGGCGGCGGAGACGCCAUACAACUAGAAUCGCCAACAGGUGGAUGGAGUAAAUCAGGUCGUUCCGGUAAAGCAGACUGGUCGCAUGUCAAAGUUGAGGACGCAAGACCUGAAGAAUUCUCUGAAGGGUUUUUGGACGCAAAUGGGAAUAGUAAUUCUAUUGGUGGUGACUUGAAGGUUGAUACAAGUGCGCUUGUGAUUGCGGGAAAUAGAAUGCCAAAGACUGCAUCGCCGACCAGUCCAGGUGAUUUGGAUAUUGAGGCGUUUUUGGCGGAGAGGAGGCGGAAUGGUGCAGGGUCAGAUGGGUCGCCGUCGUCGCCGAUAGGGCAACGAGUUGGGAUUUUAGAUGGGCAGGGUUUCUUGGGGACGUUGGAGCGUGCUAAUGCCAAAGUUGCUGGGAAGGGAUAUGCUACGUUGGAGCAAAAUGAGCAGUAA